UAUGCUAGUUCAAAGAAGUUUUACUUAGAUUAUUUAACUUUUCUAUUUAUUUCUAUUUUACUUAACGUAUUUUCAGGUAUCAAAAAACAUUCAACUGCCUCAUUUCAUCUGUUAUGUUUGUAUAUUUGGUCGUUAUAUCUGUAAACCUUGGAGUGUGUAUUAAACAAAUUGCAGAGAUUGAAGACGACCUGCCGACACUUGUGUCCAGCUGCGUGUUUCUGAUGGCCUGUUUAAUUCAGCUCUUGCUUUUCUAUUGGCACAGCAACGAGGUUACGAUCGAGAGCGACCUGGUGUCCUACAGCACCUUCCAAAGCAAUUGGGCGCAAUCGAACAAGAACAUACAGAAGGAAGUAGCACUCCUCGCCCUGACCACUAGAAAGAAACUCGUGUUCAGAGCAGGACCCUUCAACGUGAUGUCUCUCUCCACGUUUGUUUCCAUAUUACGAGCCAGCUAUAGUUUCUACACAUUAUUAAAAGGAACAAAUUAACUUCAACAUCGCGCAUUCAUUUUAUGUAUCUAUGGAUUAUUGCAAUUUGUAACCCAAUCUUAGUAUAUUGCUAUAGAAAAAAGGUCAUACAUGACUAUUUUAUUAUUAAGGAAAAUGGCACCUUUCAGCGCAACCGUAAGCUGAUAUCAAUUACAUAGAUGACACACUAGGUAUUUUAUGUUUUAUUUUCAAAGAAAUAUACAUUAUACUUCAAA